UUCAAAAUUCUCAAAAUUUUUGGCAAUUUUGCUUCAGAAAAAAAUUUACAGUUAUGAGUACUUUCAGCGAAUGGAAUUCUGAAGCCAUUCAACAUUAUAAAGAUGUGAAAUCUAUUAAGAAACAGUUGCGUAAAGAAAAUAAGAAUUACUUAUACCACAAUCCCGAGAUUCGUGCCAUCUUGAGGGUUGCCAUUGCAGAAUUGAUGAAACAUAAACCAGAAAAUCCUGGAGCUCAUUUAGCUUCAGUUUUUAGCUGCAAAAACAUACCCCUAAUAUUAUUUAAGCUGAAUCAACAAAUAAAGAACGUCAAUACAAUUUUAAAAAGGAAGGAACAAAGCUUUGGAAUUAAAACUGUUCUCAAGGAAAGGGAGUCUACCCAUUCGAUUCUGUCAACGGCUUCUGAAUAUUCCGAUGUUGUUGAAGGACUUUUAGAUUUUGCUCUUAUUUUUAAUAAUUACAAUAAACAAGCUGAAGCAAAAUGUAAAUACAUUAAACAAAAUCACCAAAAAAAAUAA